UUAACCUACGCAUCGAGACCUCCCCGACUCCUAUACUGAAAUCACUGACCACUGCCAUAAAUGGAUCUAUGUGCGCACUGCAACUCUUCUUUAUAACUUCUCCUAACUUUCCCUCUCCCUCCUUCCCUGUGAAUCUCCGUCUCUAUGUCAUUUCGAGAACCUUCCGUUUACAGCUCCGAUCGGGUCUCACAUUCCCUCGGAUCCGGCCCGAUUUUUCCCCAAUCGGAGCUUCUGCUUCUUCUCUUCCGGUGCUUUUCUUCGUCUCCGGCAUUUGUCUGAAUCUGAUCGGAUAUCGUCUCCGUGAAUGUGAGAUUUAUUUUUCCGUUUGUUUGUUGUUGUUUCUGUUUUUCUAGUUCGAUUCUGAGAAGAGAUGAAUCCGCUAUGCUGCAUUGCACCGGUUUCCAUCGAUCGUGACCGGGCUAACCCGGGGGUUACCAAAUCGGGUCAAUGUCAGCUGAGCAUCGAAACUCCCGUUAGGACCGUUAACUACUCUUCGAAACCGAGUUUCUCCUCUCAGGUCUCCUCCAUCAACGCCGACACUGACAGAUCUUCGCCCUCGGUGAUGAAUCCGACCUCCAUGGCAUUAUUUGACGAGCCUAUUGUUGGAGAUGUUACUGGCAUCCACGGUGUUGCUGGGAUACUGUACAAAUGGGUGAAUUAUGGAAAAGGAUGGAAGUCGCGGUGGUUCGUGUUGGAAGACGGGGUUCUCUCGUAUUAUAAAAUUCACGGACCUGAUAAGAUAUUGAUGAGUCCAUCGAGGGAGAAGAGCGUACGAGUGAUCGGCGAGGAUUCGGUCCGGUACAUGAGGAAAGCUAACUGGAGUAGCAAUCGGCUUCAGUCGGUGACGACUCAGUGCAAGCCGUUUGGUGAAAUUCAUCUGAAGGUUUCUUCAAUUCGUGCUAGCAAGUCAGAUGAUAAAAGGCUUACAAUAUUCACAGGAACAAAGACUCUUCAUUUGCGAUGUGUGUCAAGAGAGGACAGAACUGCAUGGAUUGAGGCCUUGCUGGCUGCUAAAGAUCUUUUCCCUAGAGUGCUGUCAAGUAAUGAUUUUCAAACUUCUGAGGAUGUCGUCAUCUCAACCGAAAAGCUAAGAUCACGUUUGUUACAGGAAGGCAUUGGCGAGACGGUCAUUAAAGACUGUGAGUCAAUAAUGCUUUUAGAACUUUCUGAGAUGCAAAAUCAGCUCAGGGUUCUUCAAUGCAAGCAUAUUAAGUUACUUGACACCUUGCGGCAAUUAGAGACAGAGAAAAUAGAGCUUGAAACUACUGUAGUUGAUGAAACAAAGGAACGCAAGUCAUAUUGUGGAGAAGGAAGACGAUUUAGUGAUUUCUACUCUGUCAUGUCAGAGGGUAGUGCUACUGAUUCUGAUGUGGAUAAUGAUAGUCAAGAUGGUGCGGACAUUGAAACAGAUGAAGAUGAUGGAACAUAUUUUGAUACAAAUGACUUUUUGACUUCAGAAGCUCUAAGAAGUGCUUCCUAUAGGUGUAGGGAAACUGGAAGUGGCUGUGUAUUUGAUAAAGAUGCUUUGUUUUCUGAUUGUAUGUGUAGGCCUGAAAAGGAAAUCAGGACCAUUCAAUAUGCUUAUGUCAAGAGAAGGGAUAACCUGCCAGAACCAAAGGAGAAAGAGAAGCCAGUAGGCUUGUGGUCUAUUAUCAAGGAUAAUAUUGGAAAGGAUUUAUCUGGAGUCUGUCUUCCUGUGUACUUCAAUGAACCGCUCUCUUCAUUGCAGAAAUGCUUCGAGGAUUUGGAGUAUUCAUACCUGGUUGAUCGAGCCUUGGAAUGGGGAAAGCAGGAAAACGACUUGAUGAGAAUUCUAAAUGUUGCUGCAUUUGCUGUAUCUGGUUAUGCGUCGACAGAAGGUCGGCAGUGCAAACCAUUCAAUCCACUUCUUGGGGAGACAUAUGAGGCUGACUAUCCAGAUAAAGGACUUCGUUUUUUCUCUGAAAAGGUGAGUCACCACCCCAUGAUUGUUGCUUGUCACUGUGAGGGUAGAGGAUGGAAAUUCUGGGCAGACUCCAAUCUCAAAGGAAAAUUUUGGGGGCGAUCCAUUCAACUCGAUCCAGUUGGUUUGCUAACAUUGCAGUUUGAGGAUGGGGAGACUUUUCAAUGGAGCAAAGUUACCACGUCCAUAUACAAUAUUAUCCUUGGUAAAAUCUAUUGUGAUCACUAUGGUACCAUGCGCAUAAAAGGCAGUGGCAAUUACACUUGCAAGAUCAAGUUCAAGGAGCAGUCAAUCAUAGACCGAAAUCCCCAUCAGGUUCAUGGAUUUGUGCAAGACAAUAGGACAGGGGAAAAAGUGGCCAUGUUGGUGGGCAAAUGGGAUGAAGCUAUGUAUUAUGUGCUGGGAGAUCCAACCAUGAAGCCGAAAGGGUAUGACCCAAUGACAGAAGCUGUGUUGAUGUGGGAUAGAGACAAAUCUGCUACUAAGACAAGAUACAAUCUUACCCCUUUUGCAAUAUCCUUAAAUGAAUUGACUCCUGAUUUAUUGGAAAAAUUGCCCCCGACCGACUCAAGACUAAGGCCAGACCAGAGACACUUAGAGAAUGGAGAAUAUGAAAUGGCAAAUGCAGAGAAGCUGAGAUUGGAACAGUUACAGAGACAGGCAAGGAAAUUACAAGAAAGAGGAUGGCAGCCAAGAUGGUUUAACAAAGAUGAAGACGGUUGUUAUCGGUACAAUGGAGGAUACUGGGAAGCAAGAGAGAAAAGGAAAUGGGAUGGAAUCCCUGAUAUAUUUGCGCAGAGUAGCAGCAGUAGUCGUAAUUCGCCUUCAUGUUUGAUUGAAGAGUGACUAAGCUAAGCUAUAUUUUGUAUCUGCUUACUCGGCUAUAUUUUGGUUAUUGUUUAUCUCUUCUUGAUCCCACAUAAUUUCUUGUGUAUGAUGAUGAUGAUGGCAGAACUUGUGGAUCUUAGAUUGAUGUAGCCCAAGAUAUAAAUGAGCUUUUAUUUGGAGUGCAA